UAUGUCUUUUCUAAAAUGGCAGAAGCGAGUGUUUCUCAGGAUCAGUUCAGCUGUUCAAUCUGUCUGGAUCUACUGAAGGAUCCUGUGACCAUUCCCUGUGGACACAGUUACUGUAUGAGCUGUAUUGCAGCCUUGUUGGAUCAUCAGAUGAGAUACAGCUGCCCUCAGUGCAGACAGACCUUCACUACAAGACCUGUUUUAAGAAAAAACACCAUGCUGGCUGAAAUGGUGGAGAAACUGAAGAAGACUAAACUACAAGCUGCUCGUCCUGAUCACUGUUAUGCUGAAGCUGGAGAUGUGGAGUGUGACGUCUGUACUGAGAGAAAACACAAAGCUGUCAAGUCCUGUCUGGUGUGUCUGAACUCUUACUGUCAAAAUCAUCUUGAACAACAUGAAGAACUUCACUCAGGAAAGAGACACAAAAUGACUGAUGCCACUGGACGACUACAGGAAAUGAUCUGCCCUCAACAUAAUAAAGCCCUUGAGAUUUACUGUCGUACUGAUCAGCUCUGUAUAUGUUAUUUGUGUAUGGUGAAUAAACACAAUAACCAUAAGACUGUAUCAGCUGCAGCAGAGAGGACAUUGAAACAGAAACAACUAAAGAAGACAAAGAGAAAAUACCAGCAGAGAAUCCAGGAGAGCCAGAAGAAGCUUCAGGAGCUGAGAGAUGCUGUGAAGACUCAUAAGCGCUCUGCACAGGCAGCAGUGGAAGACACUGAGAGGAUCUUUACUCUACUGAUCCGAUCCAUUAAAAGACGACGAUCUGAGGUGACACAGCUGAUCAGAGAUCAGGAAAAGACUGCAGUGAGUCGAGCUGAAGGACUCUUGAAGCGACUGGAGCAGGAGAUUGAUGAUCUGAGGAGGAGAGACGCUGAGCUGAAGCAGCUUUCACACACAGAUGAUCACAUCCAUUUCCUCCAGAGUUUUCAGUCUCUCUCUGUUCCUCCUGGAUCUUCAGACUCACUCAGCAUCACUGUCAGCUCUCUCAUCUCUUUUGAUGAUGUAGUAAAAUCUGUGUCUCAUCUGAGAGAGAAAGUGGAGGAUUUCUGCAGAGAAGAGAUUGGAAAAUUAUUUUAUAGAGUAAAGUAUAUUGACAUCAUUCCCAUCCCUGAACCGGAUACCAGGGAACAUUUCUUACAAUAUUAUCAUCAGAUCACUCCAGAUCUUAACGCAGUGAAAAAUUAUCUCAGCCUAUUUGAGGGGAACAGAAUGAUUACUCACACUGACACAGUCCAGCCGUAUCCUGAUCAUCCAGACGGAUUUGAGGAUUAUCCUCAGGUGUUGUGUAGUGAGAGUGGUUUAAAAGAUGCAGAAGUCUUCACACCUGAAUAUAUUGACAGAGACGACGAGAGCAAAGGAACAAACGUAUACAGGUUUGUUUCUCCACAUGCUGGUCAGUUUCAGUGCAGUUUGACAAACCUUGUGUUUGUGAUGGAGGGUAAAGGAGAGGUGUUGUAUAAAAUAGUGUCCUGGGAUCCACGGCUCUUAGAUGGUUUGGGUCAGAUGCAGCCUGCAGGUCCCUUGUACAACAUCGACUGUUUUAAAGGUUCAAUCUCACAACUGCACCUUCCACACUGUGAAGUUUUCUCUGAGAAAAAUGAAGUCAGUUUGGCUGUAGCACAUUUCUCUGAUGGUAAUGUAGAAAUGUUGCAGUCGAUCAAAGUGAGCAGUACUCACUUGAUUAUAAAUAUCACAGAGUUUUCCCUGUUUGGACUCAUAAAAGAUAUCAUAUUCCCUGUGUAUCCUGUCUGUGCACAAGUUCUGCUUUUCCUUCGACCAAAAUCUUUUGCACAAAAGCAGAAAAUACUGAAUGUUCACUUGCUUCCAGGGAAUGUGCCCUUAUCAGAGGUUCAGAGUCAACAUCAGGAGAAAACAUACAUUGAAACAAGUUCAAUUUGUCAUCUGAUUCCAGGGAAAGAAUACAAACUGUGCUGUCAUCCAGAAGAAUGUGAAGUGCAGCCAUCGGAUGAGGUGUUUGUUUGUAAUUUUGGCCCAAACUUUCACACUACAUUUGAAGUGUUUCUGAAUGUCAGCAUUGAGGAGGUCAGGCUUGGUCUUCUGGAUUCAGAUAAUAAAGGGAAAGAAGUGUGGAAGCAACGACGAGUUCUUCUCUCAGCACCAGCUCAAGGUGUGGAACCUCCAGUUGGCAGAAGGUUUACAGAAUCUGAAUUUUUGGACAAACACAGAGAUCAACUGAUUCAAAGAGUCACAUCAGUGAUGGAGAUAGCUGACUGUCUCAUGAGCAAAUACAUGAUAACAGGUGAAAUGUACAAGAAAGUACAUAGUGCAGAACCACGACAGGAGAAGAUGAGGAUUGUUUUUGAUGUUCUUGAGUCAGGAGGUUCAGCUGUAAAAGCAGAAUUCUGGAGACUGCUGAAAGAGAGGGAACCUCAUCUAGUGGAUGAAUUGGAGUCUGAACCCAGUACAUCUCAGUAAUGCUGAAGAGAACAUUAACUUAAGAUAAACAUCUCUGUUUGAGAAUUGAGAUGUAUGUUGCAGACUUAUGUAAAUAUGUACCACAUCUUUUUCACCAAACCACAUUAUCUGACCUCAUGUAUUUGCAGGAAAAUUAAUUGUUGUCAGGCAAUGAGUUGUUAAGUUAUUAGGGGUCAAGCCCUGAAGGGGGGAUUUUAAUUAGGGGCAUUCACAGUUCUAUGUUCAUGAUGUUUUCUUCAUAACUACAUACAUACAUACAAUACAGUACAGUAAUAUAUUUUAUGUUAGAUCAAUUACAGCAAUGUGUAAGUACAAUGGGCACAUCAAUCUUGGCAAUUUUUGUAUCGCGUGUCCUUUGUGAAUUGACACUUGACUGCUGUGAGAAAUGGCAUAACCUAGGAAAUAACAUGGUUUUAUAAAAUUGUAAAAAUGUGUCAACCAUGUUUUGGUGGACAUUUUGUAAAGGAUGUUCUUUAUAGAAUACAUUUUAAGGGUGAGCAUUACUUUUUUUAAAGUUUGAUUGAGGAUGAGAGUUGUCAGGAGUGAUGAUGUUACUGCGCCCGAGGUGGAAGUGCUGCAAACUAAGUGCUCUUCCGCCAUACAAUAGUGUUCUCAUUUUUUAUCCGCUUAGAAAAUCGCGACGUUUAUUUUCUGCCACCAUACUUACUUGUACUCAUGUAACAGUCUUUAAAAAGGAAAAACAUGGAAGUGUUUGGUGGCUUCUAAAUUCAUCCCUGUUUGGAUCCUAAUGAAUGAAUGGUGCUAGGCUAAAUGCUAACACAUUUAUGACGCGCUAUACAGCAAUUAAGUGCACACAUUGAGAAAAGAGAGGUAUGUAUUAAUUCUUCUAAUGUUGCGUUCAGACCGGCCGCGGUAGAGGCAUCAAGCGCAAGUGAUUUCAAUGUUAAGUCAAUGUAAAAAAACGUUGACGUACAUCUGGAGGUCUCGCGGCACGAAAGAGGCGCUUCGUGCAGAGCGGUAGACACGAUUCCACCUCAUUUGCGCAUCUAGUAAAAAAAUGUGAACUUUGGCAGAAAAACGCGCCGCGUUAACCAAUCAGGAGCUUGCUCUAGUAGUGAAUUGAUUACAGAAAGCAAGCGGAGUCGCAGAAGCCCCUCCAAUGACGCGGAUUUCCGUGUGAAUGUCUUGAUGACUAGAAUUUCACGCGCGAAUGCAGCGAGUAAACUCAAAUGUUUAAGCGGCUAACUAGACACCGUAUAUGCGAUUUUGACGCCUCAAGCGCAGCUGGUGUGAACCCACGGUAAGAGGGAAGAACUUAGUAAAAUAUUGAAAAACAGUGGUGUUUUUCUUUACAACUGGCAAAGUGCAUAAACCAGUGGUUCCCAAAAUUUUUCAGCGUGCGGCCCCCCUUGUGUACGGUACAUUCCUUCGCGGCCCCCCAAAGAAAAUUUGUGACAAAAAAACUGUUCUAAAACUCAAGAUUUUAAUAAAAAAAACCAUGAAAUUAUACAAGAAAGUAGUGCUUUUGGUUAGUAGCCUUAUUUUUUUAGGUUUAAUUACACAGAAUUCAUGAUAGAUUAAUGUAUUUCAUAAAAUGCCAUAAGGCCCCCAGUUUGAAAACCACUGGCAUAAACAACAUUAUCUCAAAUACUUUGGAGUAGAGUUCAAGGCCGUAUCCGAAUUUUGCCCAAACCUCGCAAGAUGUCGUGGAAACUUUUAAUUGUAAAUGGAUUUGACAUAUUUUGGUAGUAAAACACAAGUGUUUCAUUUCAUUGGUACGUUUAUAUGUACACCAAAAUGCGAUUUUUCCAAUAA